CUUGUAGUCUUCAUGGCUUUGUUUUCUACAUUUGCAUACGCUACUGAUCCAGGUUCCCUGCAAGACUUUUGUGUCGCAGCUGAAAACCCAAAUCAUGCUGUGUUUGUGAACGGUUUAUUCUGCAAGGACCCAAAUCUUGUUGUGGCCGAUGAUUUCUAUAUUGAGCGUUUCAAUAAACCUGGAGUAAUUACCAACCCAGUAGGAUCCAUUGUUACGCUGGCUAAUGUUUUUGUACUUCCCAGACUUAAUACUCUUGGUCUCUCCGUGGCUCGUGUUGACUAUGCUCCAAAGGGAGUUAAUCCACCACCUACACAUCCAAGAGCAACUGAAGUUUUAACCGUAAUGGAAGGUACUCUUCGGGUUGGAUUUGUCACAUCAAAUCCAGAUAACAAACUCUUCACCAAAUUGAUUUACAAGGGAGAUGUGUUUGUAUUCCCUCAGGGACUCAUUCAUUAUCAAAUGAACGUAGGGAAAACCCCUGGUGUUGCUAUUUCCUUCUUAAGUAGCCAAAACCCCAAGAAUCUCCAAGUUGCUUCAGUGUAUGAGGUUGUAGCCAAUUAA